AUGAACACCGCCACAACGUUCCGUCAUCGAAUAUGUUGGUUAUCUACGCGUACCUCGACUUUUGCGGCAGCUUUACCCAAGAAAAGUCGCGAGGACAUCAUUUCGUUAGAUCGUCAGGAAGGAAAGGAGAAGCAAAUAAGUAAAGGUGGAAGAAAUCGAGGAACCGGAAGAAAUGGAAACUAUAAAAGACCGUGGGCGUCGUUUUCCAUGCUUGUUAUUCCUGCAGUGACAUUUGGCCUGGGAUGUUGGCAGACCUAUCGACUUAGAUGGAAGCUAAAUUUGAUAGAAAAACUGAAGGAACGCCUGAAUGAACCUGCUGUCGCUUUUCCGCUUGACGAUGUUUCUCAGUUGCAAAAUAUGGAAUACAGAAGGGUUCGUGUAACGGGAGAAUUUCUUCAUGACAAAGAAUUUUUCAUUGCACCUCGAGGCCGCUUCGAUCCUGGCCAUAAGGAGAAAAGCACUGGGUCGUUGUUAUCCAGCGAUAAUCUCUCUAGUCAUGGUGCUCACAUAAUUACUCCAUUUCGUCUUUCAAACUCAGGACUUGUCAUCAUGAUAAAUCGUGGUUGGGUACCCGCUUCACGCAUCUCGCCAAGCAGUCGUCAGAGUUCUCAAAUAAAGGGAAUAGUCACAUUCGAUGCUGUCGUAAGAAGAAGUGAAGCGCGUCCUCAGUUCAUGGGUGCAAAUAUACCGGAAAAAGGAACAUGGUUCUACAAAGAUUUCGACCAGAUGGCUCAGCAGCACAAUACUGCUCCUAUUUACCUCGAGGCAGUUUAUGAAUCCACAGUACCAGGUGGACCUAUCGGUGGCCAAUCCAACGUUAACGUCAGAAACGAUCACCUAUCCUAUUUGAUUACGUGGUUCUCUCUGAGUGCGGUUACGUUAGCGAUGUGGUUCAUUCGUUUCAGGAAGUAG